AGAGAAUCUCCAACAGAUGGAUCAGCUUACAUAUUUGGGAAAAAUAUUCGCUCCAAUCCAAAGGCAGCUCGUCAGCACAUUGGUUUUUGUCCACAGUUCGAUGCUUUGCUAGAAUUUUUAACUGUCCAAGAGCAUCUUAAGAUUUAUGCAAAAAUAAAAGGGGUGUCAGAUUAUCGGAUAGAUGAUUAUAAGAUGGAAGACACUGCUUAGUUUUAAUUGCCGAAAUAGGCUUCUGCUUACUGGCACUCCAAUCCAAAUUAAUAUGGCAGAGUUGUGGGCCUUACUACAUUUCAUUAUGCCAACCUUAUUUGAUAGUCACGAACAGUUUAAUGAGUGGUUUUCUAAAGGAAUUGAGAGCCAUGCAGAACAUGGUGGUACUUUGAAUGAGCACCAGCUUAACCGAUUGAUUAUGUCCUCAUCUUCUGGUACCCUUCUUCUUGCGGAAGUUCUUGGACGUCUUGCUUCAAAGCCACUAGGCAGUGCUAUCAUUCAUAGCUUAAUUGGAUUCUUCACAGAUAGGCUGGCAGAUUGGAGAGCAUUACGUGGGGCUCUUGUUGGGUGCUUAGCAUUACUGAGGCGAAAAAGUGAUGUUGGUGUAGUCUCUGCCACUGAUGCAAAAGCAGUUGCUGAGGUGUACUUUAAGACCCUACAGGUGCAGUCUUUAGGUCAGCAUGACAGGAAGCUUUGUUUUCAGCUUCUGAAAUUCGUCUUAGAAUGCUAUCCCAAUGAGGUUGCUUCCUUGGAUGAACUCCUUCUAUAUGGAACCUGUGAAGAUGUUGAUGGAGAGAAGGAUCCUCAUUGCUUGUUGCUAGCAUUUGACAUCAUUCGUGCACUGAUUCGACUAUUUCCAGAUCCUAAUGGGUCGCUAGAAAAUUUUUCUGGAGAGCUUUUUGAAACUUUGAGCAGUUACUUUCCCAUUCAUUUUACUCAUCCAAAAGGAGAGGACACUGAUGUCAAAAGAGAUGAUCUUGCAAGGGCUCUAAUGGUAGCUUUCUCAUCAACACCUCUUCUUGAGCCAUAUGUCAUUCCCUUGCUUCUUGAAAAACUCUCUUCUUCUCUGCCAUCAUCAAAGGUUGAUUCUUUAAAGUAUCUGAGCUAUUGCUCAUUGAAGUAUGGAGCAGACAGGAUGGCCAAACAUGCUGGAGCUAUUUGGAGUUCAAUUAAAAGUGAAAUGAGUACUUCAGUAAAAGAGCCUACUGAAGCUGUUACAUCAGAAUCAAUAAAUGGUCUUGGGUUUCAGGAAAAUGAAAUUGCAGCAGAAGCUUUAGUGCUUAUGGGAAAAGUUGUCUUGCAAAAUAACGAUUUAUAUUUAAGUUUGAUUCUGGAUGAUGAAGACAUUAGUAGCAUUUUCAACAUCAUCACAAGUUAUAGGAGUUACAAUAAUAUCCCAUUGGAAGGUAAAGAAAGGCUACAUGUUGUUGGUCAUAUCCUAUUUAUUACCUCAAGAACUUCCAUUGUUUCCUGUAAUAGAGUGCUUGAAACUUUUUUUCCCCACUUGGUGGAGAUUCUGGAAAGAAAUUCAUCUAGGGAUCACUUCCUAAAUUUUGGAGCUCUAUAUCUCUGUGUGGAACUCCUUGCUGCGUGUAGAGAUUUGAUUGUAGACUCUGGAGAACUUGCUUCUAACUCUAUUUCAACUCACGAGGCAUGCUGUUGCAUCAUUCGAAACUGUUUUGAUUCACUAAUUCAUAUUCUCUGCUCUACCCUUGUUGCAACUGCUAAUGAAGCUGUUCAUGAUGUGGAUAUUUACAUUAUAAAGAAUUUUAGCAUUAAACAUUUUAUUAUUGUAUGGUUUUUUUCUAGUUUAUUUCUAAUAUAGAACAUUUAUAAUAACUAAU